GUUGUAGCGCUCCUCAUUUGAAAAUGUUCAGUUAGCAGAGAAGGCUCUGUCGCCAUUGUUAAAAGCCGUUUUCGAUAUAAUGCCUAAACUGGGAGUUUAAAACAAGUUUUUCAAAGGAGUCUCCAUAUCACAUCGAGGCCUGCUCUUUUUAAGCGCUCUAACAUGGCUCAGCGAGUGGCGGUAGCAGAUGGAGGAAACAAGAAGACAUCCAGAAUUCGGGUUGCGGUCCGUUUGAGACCCUAUAUGGGCAAGCAAGACGAGAAAGACGAAGGACCCUGUGUACGAGGAUUGGACUCCCAGAACCUGGAGAUAGUUAACUGGAGGAACGCUACCGAAACAGUCAAAUACCAGUUUGAUGUUUUCCAUGGGGAGCAGACAACGCAGCAAGAGGUUUUCCGCUCAUCAGUGAAGCCAAUCAUACCACACAUAUUCAACGGACAAAAUGCUAGUGUCUUUGCCUACGGACCAACAGGGGCUGGUAAGACUCACACCAUGUUGGGGAGCCCUGAUCAACCAGGUGUGAUCCCUCGAGCCAUACGUGAGGUCUUCAAUUUGGUCAAAGCUAAAGAUGAAGAUGAAGGAUGGGACUACAGCAUUGGCAUGUCUUAUUUGGAAAUUUACAAUGAGAAGGUGCUGGAUCUUUUAUCCCCAGGCUCCCAGGAUUUACCAAUAAGAGAGGACAAAGACAAAAACAUCCUUAUCCCUGGCCUAACCCACACAAAAAUCUCCUCCUUCUCUGAUUUUGACAAACAUUUCAUCCCAGCCAGCCUAAAUCGUACCACAGCUUCUACCAAACUGAACCAGCGCUCCAGUCGCAGCCAUGCGGUCCUCCUGAUCAAGGUUGUGCGGACUCAGCGUACUCCGCCCCACAGACAGCAGACAGGCAAGCUCUACCUGAUCGACUUGGCUGGAUCAGAGGACAACCGCCGCACAGGCAACCAGGGCAUCCGUCUGAAGGAGAGUGGUGCCAUCAACCUAUCUCUCUUUACACUCAGUAAAGUGGUGGACUCCCUUAACUCUGGAACUGCCAUCCGUGUGCCAUACAGAGACAGUAAACUGACACGGCUACUGCAGGACUCUUUGGGUGGCUCGGCACACUCGGUCAUGAUUACCAACAUUGCACCAGAGUACAAAUAUUAUUUUGACACCUUUACUGCACUAAACUUUGCAGCCAAAUCAAAACUCAUUGUGAACAAACCCUUCACACGUGAGACGGUCGCCGUGCCUGUGCUGCCAGUGAAGCGGGCCAGGGAGGACCACGAGGCACGGGGGUCUGGCAUCGAGCCACAGAAGAAGAGACAGAAAGAGGAGAGGAAAACAGAACAAGAUGGCUCCUCACCCUCUGCACAUUUUCACAGUCCGUCUGAACUGUCAGUGAUGGACAGACUUAUCGCCCUAGAGAAGCUGAUGAUGAGCUGCCAGGACAAAGACAGGCUCGGCAUGCUUAAAGAUGUGGCUCAGUCUCGCAAGGAGAUCCAGGAGCUCAAGGAGAAGCAGAAGGAGUUUGAGACCAAGGCCAUGCUGUUCAGUCGCCUGGCAGGAGAAAAGUCCUGUGCUGCACAGGAGCCGGUUUUCAAGAACAACAUAGCUCCUCUGCAGAGGAAACAGCCAAAUGUAACAACAUCCAACAAGCAGAAGGCUGUGGUCCAACCCCUGAAAGUGUCCCAGCUCCAGCCUCUUCAGCAGCUUGCAGUCGUCAGGAAACAGUCCGUCUGCGUCAAGAAGAAAGAGAGGAAGCUUUCAGACCAGGUUGAGGCUCCAGAUGGUAAAGAAAACAUAAUGGAGAACGGUUGGGAGUCCCAGCUCGACACAUCAGUUCUGGAGCAGUCAAGACAGAAAAUCCUGCAGGUUUUAAACACCGGUUCUCUCAAAGACCUGAAGGGUCUGCAGCAAAUCGGUGACAAGAAGGCUAAGCUCAUACUGGGCUGGAGGGAGAUCCAUGGUCACUUCACAAAGUUGGAAGAUCUAGAAAAGGUUGAGGGCAUGACACAGAAGAGAUUUUCUUCUUUCAUGAAGGCAAACAUCCUGAGUGCCAUGGGAAAAUGAUCUGCUUUUCUUUCAUUGUUAUAAUCUUGUUUUUUUUAAUACUCUGUCCUGUGUAAUGUAUAUAAAUGGAUCCUCAGAAUGCUUUUUUAUGCUUUGUUUUAUGUUUUUGUAGUUACUUAUGUGCUCCAGCUGGUGGCGUACUAUUGCUUUUAAUAAAUUUCUCACUGAA